AUGCUCGUGGGAAAGUCAGUCCCGGAGCUCAUCCUCGUGAGGUCCAUGGUGGUGUUCUUCCAGUACCUUGGCCUCCUGUGUUUCCUAUACUUUUGGUUCAUCUUCGCCCUCGUCGGCGUGCCUGGCAUCGCCCAUCCAGUGUCCAUCAUCAUUGAGGUGGUCGGGGCCAUCGAAAUCCUCUUCUACUUCGUCUGGUUCGUCCCGUACCGCCGCCGUCUGCAGAAGCAGGGUUUCCAGCCGACACCACUGUCGCUGGAGGAGCGUCGCCGGUUCUUCUACCAAGGCCUGGACCAUGCGCCGGACGUUGAACAGUACAUCCGCAGGUGGCACUGCAACGCCCAGCUUGGCGACAUUCGCAGAGAGAAUAUGAAGGACUGGUUGAUGUGGGCGCUGUUCGACAAGCAGGGCCACCCGGGGGAGCAUGAUGAGGAGCUCGAGGAGUACAUCACGGAUGCCGAGGAGCGCGCCGGCGUCACCAUCAAGGGUGGCUAUGGCGAUUCCACCCCGAUGCGCCUCAGCUUCGACCCCAUCGAUAUUACCCAUCGGAGUCUGUUAUUCUACAUUAUCACGGGCUGGCUCGACUUUGUCGCGACCCUCGUCCUCCUCGUCAGAGGCUUCAAGUUCUACCGCCAACCCCGCAACACCUUCUUCUCCGUCUUCCCCUGGCGGCCCAUGACGCUGCUCUCGCCCCACGAGUCCGCCGACCCGAAGCUCAGCUACUUCUGCCGCCCGCACACGUCCACCACCCAGCGCCCCAUCCUCUUCAUGCACGGCGUCGGCGUCGGCGUGCUCCCCUACCUCCUCUGGCUCUGGAGCAUCCCCAAGGACGUCGGCGUCCUCGCCAUCGAGAUCCUCCCAGUCUCCUCACGCAUCUGCCCGCCUCUGCAACCCACCAAGGAGCUCAUCGACGGCAUGCACGACAUCAUCAAGCAGCAGGACUACACCGACUUUGUCUUUGUCGGUAACUCCUUCGGCACCCUCCUCGCGUCGCCCCUGCUGCAGAGGCCCGAGAUCGCGGCCAGGAUCAACUCGGUCGUGCUCAUCGACCCGGUCUCGCUGCUCCUCCACCUCCCCUCGGUGGCCUACAACUUCACCCGGCGGAAGCCAAGGUGGGGCAACGAGUGGGAGAUUUGGUUCGUCGCCACGGAUCCCAUGGUCGCCCACACGUUGGCCCGCCGGUUCCGCUGGCAGGACUUCAUUCUCUGGACGCCGCAGCUGCAAGGCAAGCGCACGACGGUGGUCCUGGGUGGAGAGGACUGCGUCACGGACCCGGACGCCGUGGCGAGCUACGUCUACUUUGGCGACCUCAACUACACCCGGCACGACAAGCUCGAGUGGGCGACGACGCCCGAGCGGUGGACGGGCCGGGGCGAGCUGGAGCUCAUGUACCUCGACGGUAUGGACCACGGCCAGGCGUUCCUGAGCAUCAAACACAUGCCGCAGAUCGGCAAGGUCGUGUUGGCGUACACGCACCUCAACGGGGUCAUGGAUUCGCGGCAAGCAGACACCGCAAAAAUGGAGGAGCUGAACCAGAUUUGA